AGAAGGGGCGGGGCCCCGGGUGCCGCCGCCGCUGCAGCCGCCGCCAUGGGGGCCGCGCUGAGGGGUGCCCUGCGGCCGUGCGCCCGCGCCGCCGCCCCCGGGCCGCGCGCCUACCACGGGGACCGGGUGUCCACGCUGGGCACGCGGCCGGACCCGGGCUCCGCCGUCUACCAGGAGAACUACGAGCAGAUGAGAGCCCUGGUCGGUCAGCUGCACGAGCGAGCGCAGAGGAUCAGGCUCGGAGGAGGGGAGAAAGCCCGAGCACGCCACAGAUCGAGAGGAAAGCUGUUGCCCAGAGAACGAGUCGACGGGCUCCUCGACCCAGGGUCUCCCUUUCUGGAGCUCUCCCAGUUUGCAGGGUACCAGCUGUAUGGUGAUGAGGAGGUCCCGGCAGGCGGCAUCAUCACAGGCAUCGGCAGAGUGUCGGGAGUGGAAUGCAUGAUUGUUGCCAAUGACCCCACUGUCAAAGGAGGUACCUACUACCCGGUGACCGUGAAGAAGCACCUGCGGGCACAAGAAAUCGCGCUGCAGAACAGGCUGCCCUGCAUCUACCUGGUCGACUCAGGAGGGGCAAACCUGCCUCGGCAAGCAGACGUGUUUCCAGACCGGGAUCACUUUGGCCGCAUAUUCUAUAACCAGGCGAUUAUGUCUUCUAAAAAUAUUGCACAGAUAGCGGUGGUCAUGGGCUCCUGUACGGCAGGAGGUGCUUACGUGCCUGCAAUGGCUGACGAAAACAUCAUCGUCCGCAAGCAGGGUACCAUUUUCUUGGGAGGACCCCCCUUGGUGAAAGCAGCGACCGGAGAAGAGGUGUCAGCCGAGGACCUGGGGGGCGCCGACCUCCACUGCAGACAGUCCGGAGUCACUGACCACUACGCUCUGGAUGAUAACCACGCCCUGCACUUGACCAGGAAGAUUGUGAGAAAUCUAAAUUAUCAGAAGAAAUUGGAUGUGACUGUCGAACCUUCUGAAGACCCUCUGUUUCCUGCUGAUGAAUUGUAUGGAAUAGUUGGCACUAACCUCAAGAGGAACUUUGAUGUCCGAGAGGUCAUUGCUAGAAUUGUGGAUGGAAGCAGAUUCAGUGAGUUCAAAGCCUUGUACGGAGACACGUUAGUUACAGGAUUUGCUAGAAUAUUUGGAUACCCAAUAGGUAUCAUUGGAAAUAACGGAGUUCUCUUUUCUGAAUCUGCGAAAAAGGGGGCUCACUUCGUCCAGUUAUGCUGCCAAAGGAAAAUUCCUCUGCUCUUCCUUCAAAACAUUACUGGAUUUAUGGUUGGAAGAGACUAUGAAGCUGAAGGAAUUGCCAAGGAUGGCGCCAAGAUGGUGUCUGCCGUGGCCUGUGCCAGUGUGCCUAAGAUGACCAUCAUCAUUGGGGGAUCCUACGGGGCUGGAAACUAUGGGAUGUGUGGCAGAGCAUAUAGCCCGAGGUUCCUCUACCUGUGGCCGAACGCCCGAGUCUCAGUGAUGGGAGGAGAGCAGGCAGCCAACGUGCUGGCGACAGUAGCGAAGGACCAGAGAGCGCGAGAAGGGAAACAGUUCUCCAGUGCUGAGGAAGCAGCUUUGAAAGCGCCCAUCAUGGCGAGGUUCGAAGAGGAAGGAAACCCUUACUAUUCCAGUGCCAGGCUGUGGGAUGAUGGGAUCAUUGAUCCGGUGGACACCAGGCUGGUCCUGGGGCUCAGUAUCAGCGCAGCCCUCAACGCGCCCAUCCCGAAGACCGACUUUGGCGUCUUGAGGAUGUAACUGGAGUAGGAAGCGCCUUCCGUUGGACGUGUACCAAAAAUUAAUGCAUUAGUAGCCUUAAAAUUGUAGACUUUUUCAACAUGUAGCUGAUACAGUAAAAUUGUUUUCUUAACACAGUGCAUUGUACUUUUCUACCUUAAAAAAAAAUCAGUGAAGAUAUUUAUUUGAUGAACCUCAAUUCCUUGUAAAUUUUGUUAGAGAAAUUUUUCUGUGGCUUAGCUUUACCACCGUAAAGUGAACAGAAUCACUUAGUUACCUUUGUAACCCACACGUAGCAUGAAAAGUUCUAUAACCUGUAAGUUCAAGUGUUAUUGAGAUGAUUGAUGUAAAGGUAUAUUUCCUCUGAAAUGAUUGCUUUGCUAAUGAUGCACAGUGAUAUUUUAGCACACUUAUUUUUUAAGAGCUUCUCUUGCUUUUCCUUCCAGCCACGUCCUCCUCCCUCGCACGGUAUCAGGCUUCCUGGGGUCUGCACUGGGCCCUGUUUCCUGCCCGUUCCCUCCUCGCCCGGCAGCCUCUCCAGGGUUGACCUCCCUGAUGCUGAGACCAGCGUGCUCUUUCCCGACUUUAUCUGACUUGAUUCCCCGCAGCACUUGGGCCAGCGGGAUCCCCUCCUGGACAUACAUCCCUGCUGCCAGGCCCUCGCGCCCCAGGCUCCUGCCAGCCUCCUCGGCCGCUCUGUUCAGCUCCGUCUGCGGGUCCCUCCCGGCCCACUCCACCAUCUGCCCUGGUGUUUCUCUAGUAGUACAUGAACACACUCUCAUUCUAAAAGAUACAAAUAACACAAAAUUACCUCUUCAUUCUUCCUUUAAAUUGUGGUAAAAUAUAUGUAACAUAAAAUUUAC